CAUAUGUCGACCUGAUGAGAGGAAAGGAGGGGAGAGGAAGAAGAGGAGAGGAGAGUCCCACAAACAAAUCAAUGUGCACGUCAGUGUGCUUUGGCAAGAUAACCACCAGAUCAAACACCAGUGCAAGACACAGAUUGCGACAUAGUUAUGUACUGUGGGGUGACUAAUUAAUAGCACAUAUGAUGUCACAAUCCCACUGUGGCUUUAUUUGUGAUGUCCAGGGACAGCCUGUCAGACACACACAGAGCAAGCAGUGUUGUGCAGUUCAAACUUAUCUGCAGAGGCUGUUAAUGCUCAAAACUCUGACUGACAUAUUCCUAUCAAGAUGGAGUACCUUUUAUGCCCCGUUGAGGAAGUAGCCCAUCUGCCUUCUAUCGCUCGAGACAUCUGCCCGUUCCCUAACUACAACCCCAAUCCUCUUUUUUCCAAAUUGCUGUCCACCAACUCUUCACUUCACCUGAGGAACCACUACACAUCAGUGCAGUCGUCCCUGACCCCCAAACAGCUGGAGGACUUCACUCAGAGCCUGAAGACCACUUUUGGCAAGGAGGGCAAUGUCACUCUUGGCGGGGUGGGGGUAGUGGCCCUGUCCCUGGCUGUGCUGUUUGACACCAUUUCCACAGAGGUCAGAGGAGAGUGGGUGCCAGAAUCAGGACCCAUUCCAGGUUUAUUUGUCAAGGACCUGAGGGGCUAUUACCCACCACAGGUCUACACGAUCAGCGAGUACCUGAGGCUGGUACCCCACAUUGCAAACAACCCCAGCAGGAUGAAAAAGGAGACAGAGAGGUACCUCAAGCAGUUAAAAAGUGAUGAUGAAUCUUUGGAGAAACUGGGAGAAAACCACACAUUACCAUUAAAAGAAGACAUCACUGCAUUCAAUUUACUUCUGAGUCACGUGUUUAUAAUCAGCUUACAGUUUCACCACCUUCGCAUUAAAAACACUGAGGAUGAAGGAAUGCACGUCCCGAACAGGCGCCCACCCACUGAUAUUAUUUUUACACUCAACUGUGACCCUGAGACAGCUAGCAAAGUCUUUUUGGCUGAGGUACAAAAAUCUGACAACCACACUCAAGAAGUUUUUAAAAGUUAUAUGUCAAAAGUAUCAAAGAUAUCAAAGACAUGGUUGCAUGAGUAUGCUAAGCUAGAAUUUUUCAAUGCUAUGAUCCACCUCUCCUGUGGAUUUAUUAAUGCUGAUUCAUUGAUUACUCAAAGAGAGGAUUUUGACCUGAAGGCCAAUGCACUCAAAAAAUGGGACUAGCUCACUGGCUAUUUUCCAAAUCCAGCUGAAACCAGGAUUUCAAGUUUAUGCUCAAAAGAAGACAGAACAUGAAGCUAUGAACGAAGCCAGAUAAGCUAUUGAUAAAAUAUGCAUAUACAUCAUGCGGGGAUGACCAGGCAACAUGGAACAAAAGAGUCAAAAUGUGAUCAUUCAUAUAGUUCUGAUAUUGUGUGAUGUAAUGUUGUUUUUUUUUGUUUGUUUGUUUUUACUUGAUUAUCUGCUUGUGUGACCAUUUUUUUUUUAAUUGAUUUUGAUUUUUUGAGUGAUAGUGUUGCAGAUCCAGUUAUUACCAUCUGGGUGUCAUUUUUAAUUAUUAGUUGUUUCAAAACACAGGAAAUGAUAUCUGUAUGUGAUAUAUGUAUGAACAUGUGUAUGGUACAUUUAAAGUGCUCUCACUGAAACACAUCUAUCCUCACUUAUUCCCUAACAUGACAAGGUAAAUGUCUGUAAUUUAGCUUGAUGACAUGAGUUAAAUUUUAUUUUCUAUUUAUAUAAAUAUAUAUACACAAAAAUAAAAUGACUCUCAGAAAUGGUA